AUGACGAUUGUUUUGCUAGCCGUGCCAUUGGUAAUCAUGACCGUUUUGUACGGAUCAGUUAUUCGUACUUUGAAGCUCGGAAUACGACAAGAAAUAGCCGCUGUCGAUUCCAUGGAUCAAGAAUGUAAGUGUCGUAACGAUGGAGCUGCGGAUAAGUUCAAAGUUUUAAAAGAGUUGUCAAAAAGAGAAAACACUGUCCAUAAGAAGAGCGAGGCUCUGCAAGUGGAGAACACUUUGCGAUCGACACACAUCCAGAAAAGUGCGCUCGCGAAGCAGCGAGUAAUUAGAAUGUUGAUAGUUGUUGUGAUUAUUUUUUUCUGCUGCUGGACGCCAUCCUACAUCUGGUGGUUACUGUUAAUGGCUGGCGAUUCAUUUGAAAGUCUUGAGCUGGAUCUAUGGAAUUCGGAUGUGAACACAUUUAUCACUCUUUUGACGUACAUCUCAUCGUGUGCGAAUCCGAUCACUUACUGUUUCCUCAAUAAGAAGUUUCGUACGGCAAUAUAUACAAUGUUCGGUAAAAGGAAAGAUCUACGACAUCAUUUUGAAAAGGUAUAUGAAAAUACCGUAGGUGCAGAUCUGAUGACACUAGCCUUUAUUGAUUCUUCUACCGUAUUCUUUUGUUCGUUAGUGUUGAAAUCACAACAAAGUGUUCGUCAGUUCACGUUUUUUCUUCAUUCGGCUUGUUCUCGCGCGCUUCUAACUGUGAUGUGGAGCACUUAA